UGAUGGCGCAGGUACCAGGGGAAGUGGACAACAUGGAGGGCCUGCUGGCCCCUAACAACAACAACCCUGCAGCCCGCUGGGAGAGUCCGGAUCGGGGCUGGGAGCGGGAGCAGCCUGCUGCCUCCACUGUAGCCGCCUCGCUCUUUGAGUGCUCCCGGAUCAAGGCCUUGGCAGAUGAGCGGGAGGCCGUGCAGAAGAAAACCUUCACCAAGUGGGUGAACUCGCACCUCGCCCGCGUCGGCUGCCACAUCGGGGACCUCUAUGCCGACCUCCGGGACGGCUUCGUGCUCACACGGCUCCUGGAAGUGCUGUCCGGGGAGCAGCUGCCAAGGCCCACGCGCGGUCGCAUGAGGAUCCACUCGCUGGAAAACGUGGACAAGGCACUGCAGUUCCUGAAGGAGCAACGCGUGCACCUGGAGAACGUGGGCUCGCACGACAUCGUGGACGGGAACCACCGCCUGACCCUGGGGCUGGUCUGGACCAUCAUCCUGCGGUUCCAGAUUCAGGUCAUCAAAAUCGAGACUGAGGACAACAGAGAGACGCGCUCCGCCAAGGACGCACUGCUUUUGUGGUGUCAGAUGAAGACGGCUGGUUACCCUGAGGUAAACAUCCAGAAUUUCACCACCAGCUGGCGGGAUGGCUUGGCCUUCAACGCCCUCAUUCACCGGCACAGGCCUGACCUCGUGGACUUCAGCAAGCUCACCAAGUCCAACGCCAACUACAACCUGCAGAGAGCCUUCCGCACGGCUGAGCAGCACCUGGGGCUGGCCCGGCUGCUGGACCCGGAGGAUGUGAACAUGGAGGCUCCAGAUGAGAAGUCCAUCAUCACCUACGUGGUCUCUUUCUACCACUAUUUCUCCAAGAUGAAGGCUCUGGCUGUGGAGGGGAAGCGGAUUGGGAAGGUCCUGGACCAGGUGUUGGAGGUGGGGAAGAUUAUUGAGCGCUACGAGGAGCUGGCAGCCGAGCUGCUGGCCUGGAUCCACCGUACCGUGGGCCUCAUCAGCAACCAGAAGUUUGCCAACUCACUGAGCGGGGUGCAGCAGCAGCUUCAGGCCUUCACGGCCUAUUGCACGCUGGAGAAGCCCGUCAAGUUUCAGGAGAAGGGGAACCUGGAGGUGCUGCUCUUCAGCAUCCAGAGUAAACUGCGUGCCUGCAACCGUCGCCUCUUCGUGCCUCGGGAGGGCUGUGGCAUCUGGGAUAUCGACAAGGCCUGGGGCCAGCUGGAGAAGGCAGAACAUGAGCGAGAGGCUGCCCUACGGGCCGAGCUAAUCCGGCAGGAGAAGCUGGAACUAUUGGCCCAGAGGUUUGACCACAAGGUGGCUAUGAGGGAGAGCUGGCUGAAUGAGAACCAGCGCCUGGUCUCCCAGGACAACUUUGGGUACGAGCUGCCGGCAGUGGAGGCAGCCAUGAAGAAGCACGAGGCAAUCGAGGCGGACAUCGCAGCCUAUGAGGAGCGGGUCCAGGGCGUGGCGGAGCUGGCCCAGGCGUUGGCAGCUGAAGGCUACUAUGAUGUGCGGCGGGUAGCGGCCCAGCGUGACAGCGUCCUGCGCCAGUGGGCCCUGCUGACCGGGCUGGUAGGUGCCCGGCGGACCCGGCUGGAGCAGAACCUGGCCCUGCAGAAGGUCUUCCAGGAGAUGGUGUACAUGGUGGACUGGAUGGAAGACAUGCAGGCUCAGCUGCUGUCCCGGGAGUGCGGGCAGCAUCUGGUGGAGGCAGAAGACCUGUUGCAGAAGCACGGACUGCUGGAGGGGGACAUCGCUGCCCAGAGUGAGCGGGUGGAGGCGCUCAAUGCUGCUGCCCUGCGUUUCUCCCAGCUGCAGGGCUACCAGCCCUGCGAUCCGCAGGUCAUCUGCAACCGCGUGAACCACGUGCACGGCUGCCUGGCGGAGCUGCAGGAGCAGGCGGCGCAGCGGCGCGCGGAGCUGGAGGCCUCGCGGAGCCUGUGGGCGCUGCUGCAGGAGCUGGAGGAGGCCGAGAGCUGGGCCCGCGACAAGGAGCGCCUCCUAGAGGCGGCGGCCGGCGGCGCGACGGGCGCGGCGGGCACGGCCGACGGUGCCCACGACCUGUCCAGCACCGCGCGCCUACUGGCGCAGCACAAGAUCCUGCAGGGCGAGCUGGGCGCGCGCGCGCUGCACCAGUUCGGCGCUGACCUCGACGGGCUCCUGGACUGGCUUCGCGACGCCUACCGCCUGGCAGCCGCGGGCGACUUCGGCCACGACGAAGCAUCCAGCCGCCGCCUGGCCCGCCAGCACCGCGCGCUCACCGGGGAGGUGGAAGCGCAUCGCGGACCGGUGGGCGGCCUGCGGCGUCAGCUGGCGACACUGGGGGGCGCCAGCGGCGCCGGGCCCCUGGUGGUGGCGCUGCAGGUGCGCGUGGUGGAGGCGGAGCAGUUGUUCGCUGAGGUGACCGAGGUGGCCGCGCUGCGGCGCCAGUGGCUGCGAGAUGCCCUGGCUGUCUACCGCAUGUUUGGCGAGGUGCACGCGUGCGAGCUGUGGAUCGGUGAGAAGGAGCAGUGGCUGCUCGCCAUGCAGGUGCCCGAUUCCCUGGACGACGUCGAGGUGGUGCAGCACCGGUUUGAGAGUCUGGACCAGGAGAUGAACAGUCUGAUGGGUCGUGUCCUGGAUGUGAACCACACGGUCCAGGAGCUGGUGGAAGGAGGCCACCCCAGCUCAGAGGAGGUGCGUUCCUGCCAGGACCACCUCAACGGCAGGUGGAACCGCAUCGUGGAGCUGGUGGAACAGCGCAAAGAGGAGAUGAGCGCGGUACUGCUGGUGGAGAACCACGUGCUGGAGGUGGCCGAGGUGCGCGCCCAGGUGCGCGAGAAGCGGAGGGCUGUGGAGAGCGCGCCCCGCGCCGGCGGCGCCCUACAGUGGCGCCUUAGCGGCCUGGAGGCGGCUCUGCAAGCGCUGGAGCCGCGCCAGGCGGCCCUCCUGGAGGAGGCAGCCCUGCUGGCUGAGCGCUUCCCGGCGCAGGCUGCGCGGCUGCAUCAGAGCGCAGAGGAACUGGGCGCCGAGUGGGGCGCGCUGGCCGGUGCGGCUCAGGCCUGUGGCGAGGCGGUGGCGGCGGCCGGGCGCCUGCAGCGUUUCCUGCACGACCUGGACGCUUUCCUGGACUGGUUGGUGCGCGCCCAGGAGGCGGCGGGCGGUGACGAGGGGCCCCUGCCCGGCAGCCUGGAAGAGGCGGACGCGCUGCUGGCGCGCCACGCCGCACUCAAGGAGGAAGUGGACCAGCGCGAGGAGGACUAUGCGCGCAUCGUGGCGGCCAGCGAGGCACUGCUGGCGGCCGAGGGCGCCGAGCUGGGCCCAGGCCUGGCCCUCGACGAGUGGCUGCCGCAUCUCCAAGUUGGCUGGCACAAGCUGCUCGGCUUGUGGGAGGCGCGCAGGGAGGCGCUGGUCCAGGCGCACGUCUACCAGCUCUUCCUGCGCGACCUACGCCAGGCGCGCGCCGUGCUGCGCAACCAGGAGGUGGCGCUGUCGGGUCUGGAGCUCCCGGGCACGGUGGAGUCGGUUGAGGAGGCGUUGAAACGGCACAGGGAUUUUCUCACCACGAUGGAGCUGAACCAGCAAAAGAUGCAGGUGGCCGCGCAGGCUGCCGAGGGCCUGCUGAGGCAGGGCAACGCCUACGGGGAGCAGGCCCAGGAGGCCGUGGCCCUGCUGCUGGAGAAGAGCCAAGAAAACCAACUACGGGCCCAGCAAUGGAUGCAGAAGCUACACGACCAACUUGAGCUGCAGCACUUCCUCCGAGACUGCCACGAGCUGGAUGGCUGGAUCCAUGAGAAGAUGCUGAUGGCGCGAGAUGGCACGCGGGAAGACGGCCACAAGCUGCAUAAGAGAUGGCUCCGGCACCAGGCAUUCAUGGCUGAGCUGGCUCAGAAUAAGGAGUGGCUGGAGAAGAUCGAGAGGGAGGGCCAGCAACUGAUGCAGGAGAAGCCAGAGCUGGCAGCGUCGGUGCGGAAGAAGCUGGGCGAGAUCCGGCAGUGCUGGGCGGAGCUGGAGAGCACCACCCAGGCCAAGGCACGGCAGCUCUUUGAGGCCAGCAAGGCCGACCAGCUGGUGCAGAGCUUCGCUGAGCUGGACAAGAAGCUCCUUCACAUGGAAAGCCAGCUGCAAGACGUGGACCCUGGAGGCGACCUGGCCACCGUCAACAGCCAACUCAAGAAGCUUCAGUCGAUGGAGUCGCAGGUGGAGGAGUGGUACCGCGAGGUGGGAGAGUUGCAGGCGCAGACGGCGGCGCUGCCGCUGGAGCCGGCGAGCAAGGAGCUGGUGGGCGAGCGGCAGAAUGCGGUGGGCGAGCGCCUGGUGCGCCUGCUCGAGCCGUUGCAGGAGCGCCGCCGCCUGCUGCUCGCCUCCAAGGAGCUGCACCAGGUGGCGCACGACCUCGACGACGAGCUGGCCUGGGUCCAGGAGCGGCUACCACUGGCCAUGCAGACGGAGCGAGGCAGUGGUUUGCAGGCUGUCCAGCAGUACAUCAAAAAGAACCAGGGCCUGCGGCGGGAGAUCCAGGCGCACGGGCCGCGCCUGGAGGAGGUGCUGGAGCGCGCGGGCGCGCUGGCCUUGCUGCGCAGCCCCGAGGCGGAGGCCGUGCGCCGCGGCCAGGAGCAGCUGCAGGGCGCCUGGGCCGGCCUGCGGGAGGCGGCCGAGCGGCGGCAGCAGGUGCUGGACGCCGCCUUCCAGGUGGAGCAGUACUACUUCGACGUGGCCGAGGUGGAGGCGUGGCUGGGCGAGCAGGAGCUGCUCAUGAUGAGUGAGGACAAGGGCAAGGACGAACAGAGCACCCUGCAGCUGCUCAAGAAGCACCUGCAGCUGGAGCAGGGCGUGGAGAACUACGAGGAAAGCAUCGCGCAACUGUCGCGCCAGUGCCGGGCGCUGCUGGAGAUGGGGCACCCGGACAGCGAGCAGAUCAGCCGGCGCCAGUCUCAGGUGGACCGCCUGUACGUGGCCCUCAAGGAGCUGGGGGAGGAGCGCAGGGUGGGCCUGGAGCAGCAGUACUGGCUGUACCAGCUCAGCCGCCAGGUGGACGAGCUCGAGCACUGGAUCGCCGAGAAGGAGGUGGUGGCGGGCUCCCCCGAGCUUGGCCAGGACUUCGAGCACGUCACGGUGCUGCAGGAGAAAUUCUCCGAGUUCGCCAGCGAGACGGGCACGGCGGGGCGGGAGCGGCUGGCGGCCGUGAACCAGAUGGUGGAUGAGCUGAUAGAGUGUGGCCACACAGCGGCGGCCACCAUGGCUGAGUGGAAGGACGGGCUGAACGAGGCCUGGGCCGAGCUGCUGGAGCUGAUGGGCACACGGGCCCAGCUGCUGGCUGCCUCCCGGGAGCUGCAUAAGUUCUUCAGCGAUGCCCGGGAGCUCCAGGGGCAGAUCGAGGAGAAGCGGAGGCGACUGCCCCGCCUGACCGCCCCGCCGGAGCCGAGACCCAGUGCCAGCUCCAUGCAGCGGACCCUGCGCACCUUUGAACACGACCUGCAGCUCCUCGUGUCCCAGGUCCGGCAGCUGCAGGAGGGCGCAGCCCAGCUGCGGACGGUGUACGCGGGCGAGCACGCGGAGGCCAUCGCCAGCCGGGAGCAGGAGGUGCUGCAGGGCUGGAAGGAGCUGCUGGCAGCCUGCGAGGACGCCCGCCUGCACGUCAGCUCUACGGCCGACGCCCUGCGGUUCCACAGCCAGGCCCGCGACCUGCUCUCCUGGAUGGACGGCAUCGCCGGCCAGAUUGGGGCAGCCGACAAGCCCAGGGACGUGUCGUCGGUGGAGUUGCUCAUGAACUACCACCAGGGCCUGAAGACCGAGCUGGAGGCGAGGAUGCCCGAGCUGACGGCCUGCCAGGAGCUGGGGCGCUCUCUGCUGCUCAACAAGAGCGCCAUGGCGGAUGAGAUCCAGGCACAGCUGGACAAGCUGGGAACCAGGAAGGAGGAGGUGUCAGACAAGUGGGACCGCCAUUGGGAGUGGCUGCAGCAGAUGCUGGAGGUGCACCAGUUUGCCCAGGAGGCAGUGGUGGCCGAUGCCUGGCUGACAGCCCAGGAGCCGCUCCUGCAGAGCCGGGAGCUGGGCAGCAGUGUGGACGAGGUGGAGCAGCUGAUCCGGCGCCACGAGGCCUUCCGCAAAGCGGCUGCAGCCUGGGAAGAAAGGUUCAGCUCUCUGCGGCGCCUCACCACGAUAGAGAAGCUGAAGGCGGAACAGAGCAAGCAGCCGCCCACCCCGCUGCUGGGGCGCAAGUUCUUUGGGGACCCCACGGAACUGGCGGCCAAGGCGGCGCCCCUGCUGCGGCCAGGGGGCUACGAGAGGGGCUUGGAGCCCCUGGCCCGCCGGGCCUCGGACACGCUGUCGGCGGAGGUGCGGACCCGGGUGGGCUACGUGCGCCAGGAGCUCAAGCCCGAGCGCCUCCAGCCGCGCAUCGACCGGCUGCCGGAGGUCCCGGGUGGGGUGGAGCCCCCGGCCCCGCCGGCCGCAUCCGAGGACGCGGCGGAGAUCCCCGGGGCCCCCGCGGCGGCAGAGCAGGUCCGGCCGCGGCCGGAGCGCCAGGAGUCAGCCGAUCGCGCGGAGGAGCUGCCUAGGAGGCGGCGGCCGGAGCGCCAGGAAUCGGCUGAUCAAUCUGAGGAGGCUGCGCGGAGGCGGCGGCCAGAGCGGCAGGAGUCGGCGGAGCACGAGGCGGCGCACAGCCUUACCCUGGGCCGCUACGAGCAGAUGGAGCGGCGGCGCGAGCGGCGCGAGCGGCGGUUGGAGCGGCAGGAGUCCAGCGAACAGGAGAUGCCCACCAGAGGAGACCUGGCCAAGGGGAAAGCCACCCUGGCUGACAUUGUGGAGCAGCUGCAAGAGAAAGAGGCAGGCCCAGGGCUCCCUGUUGGGCCGUCGCUGCCUCAGCCUCGCGAGCUUCCCCCUGGCCGCCUGCCCAACGGGCUUGAGCCGCCCGAGCGGACACCUCGGCCGGACCGGCCGCGGGCGCGGGACCGGCCCAAGCCGCGACGGCGGCCGCGGCCGCGAGAGGGUGGUGAGGGCGGGGGAAGCCGGCGCUCGCGCUCCGCCCCGGCCCAGGGCGGCUCCGCCCCCGCGCCUCCGCCACCGCCCACUCACACAGUGCAGCACGAGGGCUUCCUGCUGCGCAAGCGCGAGCUCGACGCUAACCGCAAGUCGUCCAACCGGUCGUGGGUGAGCCUGUACUGCGUGCUCAGCAAGGGGGAGCUGGGCUUCUACAAGGACGCCAAGGGCCCGGCAUCUGGGGGCACACAUGGUGGGGAGCCACUGCUCAGCCUGCACAAAGCCACCAGCGAGGUGGCUAGUGACUACAAGAAAAAGAAGCACGUCUUCAAGCUUCAGACCCAGGAUGGCAGCGAGUUUUUGCUCCAGGCUAAAGAUGAGGAGGAGAUGAACGGCUGGCUGGAGGCUGUGGCGGCCUCGGUGGGGGAACACGCCGAGAUCGCCCGCUGGGGCCAGACACUACCCACCACGUCGUCCACAGACGAGGGCAACCCCAAGCGGGAAGCGGGGGAGCGCAGGGCCAGCGGGCGCCGGAAGUGACUUCCCACCCCUGGAGCCUGACACACCUCCCCGCCCCGCCUCUCCGCACUGUGUGCACACAGACACUUUCUCUUCCGCAGGGGCGGGAGCCCCUAGUUGCACCAACGCUGCGGACGCGCUAUGACGGGCACUGGAAAGGAGGGGACUUCUCCUGAACCCCAAGAAGUGAUGGGGGCACUGCUGCUCCUAUAGCCAUAUCUCGGCCCCAUCCCGCUCGCCACCCCCACCCCCACCCCAGGUGCUGGGGCUCCAUUAUUUUUAUGCAAUAACUGAGCUUGGGGGAGGCGGGUAAGGGGCCAGUUGAGCCAAGCCCCCUGCCCCGAUCCCCAGAUCCUGCCCCCAGAAGCUGGGGUGGCGGGGGCGAUAAUUCCUGCCCCCCUCUCCGCCCUAGGGAUGGGCAUGGGGGCGCUUGUGAGGUCCCCUGGACCAUCCAGGGUGCUAGGGGGUGGGGAGGGGACGCCCCCUUCCCGCCUUUACCUCACUUCCAAUGCUGCCUUGAUCUCUGUCUGGGAAGGGGGAGUGAAGGGGUCCUAGCCCCCGCACUCCGCCGUCUCAGAGCCAUGCGGUUAAUUCCUGACAGUUUAUUUUUGCAAAACGUCGACCUCCUCCUCCCCUGCCCCGCAUCCGCGAAGGCUUUUAAUGGGAGGGGCGUCAAAGCUCAAAACAGUCUUCCUCUCUCCUCCCCCCUCCAGCUAUAGAAGGCACUUCGUGAGGGGAGGGGCGAGGGGAAGCCCUCCCCUGCAUGCUUCUGGCUGGAACACCUCCCUGGGGAGUGGGGGAACCGGGUUCUGGAGAAGCCUGGAGAAGCCGCUGGGGCUGGGGGCUGUGGGGCGGUGUGGC